UCACUCUACCUCGACCCCCAGAUUCGUGACUGGGUACUUUUCCCAAUCACGCUUGUCAUGAUAUUGGUCGGUAUCCUACGACACUAUGUCGUUCUUCUCCUGCAAACACCACCAAAAAAGCUCCCACUAGCAGCCAUCCGCGAACAACGCGCUCUUGCCCGUGCCCAGAUCCUCCGUGCUACAACCACACACUCCCCAAUUCCACCCACCUACUACCACUCCAUCUCCUCAUCCCUCUCCAAAGCCCUCGCCGACGGCAGCUACCUGAAAGACGGGCCUCCCAAUCCUAAGGGCGACGGUGCACCCGCUGCUCCUCCGAACCCGUUAUCCGACCCAGCAGCUAUGGACGGUAUGAUGUCGGGCAUGAAGACACAAAUGGUGAUGAUGGUGCCGCAGAUGGUCAUUAUGGGCUGGAUCAACUUUUUCUUCCAGGGUUUCGUGUUAAUCAAGCUGCCAUUCCCACUUACGCUCGGCUUCAAGUCCAUGCUUCAGCGCGGUAUCGAAACGCCAGACAUGGACGUACGAUGGGUCUCCUCCCUCUCAUGGUACUUCCUCAACUUCCUCGGUCUCAACGGUCUUUACCGAAUCAUCCUCGGUGGCGAUAACUCUGCCGACGCAAGCAAGGACAUGGCCGCAACACCCUUUAAUACCGCGAUGCCCAGCGCCGGCCAACCACAAGACUACAACAAACUGUUCAAGGCGGAGAAGGAUAACCUCGAGUUCGCUGAAGGGCUUUACAAGUGGGCGGGCGAGGACGUCGAGACGAGAGUGUUGAGGAAGUAUGGGAGGCUAUGACCGUGAGUGGGAGCGUGCUCGAAGGUAUAGAGAGUGUGUAAAGGUCGUUGGAAUUUGGUAAAAUAAUUUAUGAAAG